AAUGUUACCAAACUUGAGUAAAUUUAGAAAACUUCUUCUAUUUGGUGUUCUUUUAGGUUGUUGUCUUGUCAUCAUUAGAAGACAGAUCAUUCGAGAUAAAACACCUGCAGUCGUAAAAUUCGCUGAGAAAGGUUCAAAUAGGAUAAAGCUUUCGUCUGAAGUUGAUCAAUUAAAUAUAGUUAGAGUAGAAAGAGACGAAAACACUAAAACCAGUAAAUCAUCUCCAAUUCUAAAUAGGGAUGUCGGUAUUGAAACUAAGGAAAAUAGUGGGAGUGGAAAUCGAAUUGUUGAGCAGAGGGUUAGCGUUGAUAGAGAAAAUACGUUUGACGAUUUAACAACUUCCGUUCAUAAAACCGCAACAAUUGAAAGACGUGAAAAAUUUCAAGAAUUUCAAGAACCGCAAACUACUGAAUCAGUUGGUGAAGAUUUUCACGUUAGGUCGACAAUAGUCAAUCCUCACGAUUUUAAGUAUGUUGUUAAUAACGAGAAUUUAUGCCUAACUGACCCGAAACCUGUCUAUAUUGUCUACUGCAUUACCGCACCCAAAAACUUUGCUAGACGACAAGUUAUGAGAAAUAUUUGGUCUCAACCAAAUGUCCUAGUGAAAUAUCCGUCGCGAAUUAUAUUCGUCUUAGGCCUAGCUCCCGACCCUGACGUAAAUAAAGCAAUCAAGGAGGAAGGAGACAAGUUUGGCGAUAUCGUUCAAGAAGACUUUCACGACCAUUACAAGAAUUUGACGUUAAAAGGUGAGCAUGAGUAA